AUGGACACUAUCAUCACCAACUUGCCGCCCAAUGUGGGAGCCAUUCUCAUCGAGAACAUCUCUAUCAUUCAAAUCAUAUCCAUGUUUUCUAUCGGUGCCUACAACGCCUUGGAGACAGGAAUCGCCGUAUUUGACUCUUUCAGACGUUACCGAGGGCUCUAUUUCUGGAGCAUGCAGGUAGCAUCAUGGGGUAUACUGGUCCAUACGAUCCCAGCUAUGAUACGAUUUCUAUCCCAGUCAUCUAACCUGGCCAUGUCCAUUCCGUUUAUAGUGGGGUGGUAUGCUAUGGUGACGGGACAAGCCAUGGUGCUCUAUUCCCGCCUGAAUGUGCUCGCGACGAACCCUCUGAAACUCCGCUGGGUGCUAUGGAUGAUUGUUGCAAAUUUUUUCACACUGCAUGUUCCGAUGACAGUACUCUUCUACGGUCUGAAUAGUGGUCACAGCGAAUUUGCCCGACCGGCAGCUAUCUACGAUCGGAUUCAGGUGACCGGAUUCUGUUUGCAGGAGUUGGUUCUCUCUGGAGUCUAUAUUCAUCAGGCAUUGGAACAAAGGAGGAGCAAGCGAAAUUUAUAUCACCAAGCGGACCGGAAAAUCAUCCUUCACUUACUUUGGAUCAAUAUCCUUGUUGUCUUCAUGAACAUACUGCUGCUCGUGGCCGAGUACAAGCUCCACUACAUUGAAGUCAGUCUCAAAACCGUGGUCUAUAGCAUCAAGCUGAAGCUGGAAUUCACGGUCUUGAAUCGUCUGCGAAAGCUGGGAUACACUUCGCCUCCUGCCCUAGCCUUUCAGAUGCCCGAAUACGCCAGGCAAGAGCGCGACAUUAAUCUGGUGGGACGAUCACGCCUACCCUCAUGCCCAGAAUCAAACUCCGAAUCUGUGCAUACGGUGUGCGAGAUCAAGGUACCACCUCGUGUCUCGCAACGACCUAGUAUUCAGGCGAAUCGUGAGGCCAAAUGCGAGACUCACACCGACGAUAUGAGACUCCCGUCGUCAAAUCAGUUGAUGGCUCCCUCAACUACCUCCUCAGAUCAGUUGGCCUCGUCCGUGCCUUCUCUGGAGUUGAAUCUUUCAAACUUCACGUCCAGAUUUGACAUGUAA